CGUCCAACACCCAACUGGUUCUUUUGCCACGGACAGCAUACUAGUCAUUCGUCAUACAGUGAAAUACACUGUUAUCAGAGAAACGAGGACUAUCUAGGUGGGUAGCUGAGGUGAUAGGAAUUAUCAGAACAACCGGUCGUAUAUCCGAAGUCAUUUCGACGGACUACCGGCUUAUGUCGAUAUAUUCACUCGAUCAUGGGUUCUGACACUACGCCUCCUGCCGAGUCGCAGUUACAUCCCUGUGAUAGCCAGCGUGGUCGAAAUUCGAGCUCGCGAGCCUCGACACACACGCCCAUAUCACAGUCUGUUCCUUCCCAUAAUCCCCACCGCAAUGCCACUAGCACCGCUGUCGAAGCUAUGAACGAGAGCAGUGAACAACCUGUGGCUCGCCACUCGUCUGCCACGACGGCAGAAGAUGUCGAGGCGCAAGAUGGAAAUGCGCGCUUUAGCGGGAGCGACCCUUAUAAUCUCUCUUCGGCUUUGAAGACGGACGGCCAGCUUUAUGAGAUCAAAGCUAAUACCGCCCGCAAGCGUACUGGCCAGGACAACGCAGAUAUGGGGAAAUUUGCGUCUACUCUUCAGGCGCGCAGGAUCCAUACAUUCUACAACAAGCAGAAUGAUACAAUCAAGAACAUGUUGAAAUCGGUAUCAGAACACGAGGCCGACCAUCGGCGUGAAGCUAACGAGGACCGCUUGCGCCUCGAAAUUGCCGUAAAGGGUUCGUUUGUGGCCAAUGUGCUCCUGUCCAUUUUACAAAUGUACGGUGCCAUAUCUUCCGGCUCUCUUUCGCUUCUUACCACCAUGGCCGACUCCAUCUUCGACCCGUUGAGCAACCUAACGCUCUACGUCACCCGAAAAGCUAUGGACCGUGUGGAUCCUAGCCGCUUCCCAUCCGGCAAUAACCGCCUAGAGACCGCUGGCAAUAUCACCUUCUGCUUCAUUAUGACGACCGUGUCCGUCAUUCUUAUCGCUUUCUCCUGUCAGGACAUCAAAGAGCGCUAUGGGACAGAUACUAAAGUUAAUGACUUUCAUCUGCCCUCGGUGAUCGCGGUGUGCAUCGCUUUUGCGACCAAACUCGGCUUAUUUUUCUAUUGUUGGGGUCUUAAGGACAAGUACAGCCAAGUGAAUAUCUUGUGGCAAGAUCAUCGGAAUGAUUUGUUGAUCAAUGGCUUCGGUGUGCUGACAUCCGUCGGCGGCUCCAGGCUCGCUUGGUGGAUCGAUCCUAUGGGCGCCAUUAUUAUGUCGGUUAUCAUUAGUGCCUCCUGGCUACAUCAGGCCUUUGACGAGUUCAUGUCGCUUGUUGGCAAGGCGGCCGAUAUCGAUAAGCAGCAACUUAUUACAUACAUUUGCGUCACGUAUUCGGAGGCCAUUCGCAAAAUCGACACCGUCCGUGUGUAUCAUUCUGGAGUUAGGCUAAUCGCCGAGAUCGACAUUGUCAUGGACCCUAACGAUCCGCUUAGAGUCACUCACGACGUUUCCGAAGGGCUACAGAUCGAGCUGGAGAAGCUGCCGGGCAUCGAGCGAGCUUAUGUCCACGUCGAUUACGAGACUACGCAUAAGCCGGAACAUAGCUUCAAGAAAGAUAUAUAAUUGCAUGCUAAAGCUACAACACUAGCUGUGCCUGGGGUCAUGUAACAAGCACAAGCAGGUUAUUUGAUCGACUCGCCAUGCAGGUAAUUCGAUGUAGAACGGAAGCAAGGUGUUAGGGUCUUAUGAAUCGGUAUGGGAAUAGAGAAAGAGACCUACAGGUUUCAUUUUGGGGUAUAGCAUACAAGUCUUAUCAUUAAG